AUGCGCAAUAGUCAUCGAGAGCUGGGCCGGCGAGACAGGGCAAAGAGGGACGCAAGGACUAGAGUGGCGUGGCGCAUGCGUGUUGGCGCGGCAAGGCCUUCUCCCAGCCUUCCUUCGCCACAGCCAGGCAACAACACUCGCCGCCGCCGGAGCGCAUGCGUAGUGCCCACCAGUUGCCUGUCUCAACCUGUGGAGACUCUGCGCGCGCGCCUUUCUUUUUUAACCUCAGGCCGGUCCGACGGCGGCGCGCCUGCGCGCUCACAACGAGAAAGGGGGUCGCCUUCUCUUCCUCGGCCCCCCCAGUUUCCCCGGAAUGGGGCGCUGCCCCUCCCUCCCCGGCCAGGGGCCCCCCGGACUCCUCCCGCCUCAGCAGGGCCUGUAGGAGCGCGAGAGGCCGGAGGGCGGCAGCGGCCUCCUCCUGCUCCGCCGCCGCCGCCGCCUGCUCCUCUCACGCCCUGCCGCCCCGGUCCCGGGCAUGAGGAGAGCCAGCUCCGGCCCUCAGUGAGCGCCGCCGCUGCCAUCGCGAUGGCUCAGGCCGAGAAAAUGGAGCUGGACCUGGAGCUGCCGCCGGCCGGGAGCGACGGAGGCGGCCUGAGGCGCUCCAACAGCGCCCCCCUCAUCCACGGGCUCAGUGACAAUUCACAGGUUUUUCAGCCUCACGUCUUGCGAACCCGCAGGAACAGCACAACAGUUAUGAACAGGCACAGUAUGCUGAUAUCCUCCUCUCCAGUUCGUAUCCCUAGCAGCCGACUACAUCAAAUCAGAAGGGAGGAAGGAGUGGAUUUGAUGAACAGAGAAACAGCGCAUGAAAGGGAAGUGCAAACAGCAAUGCAGAUAAGCCAGUCAUGGGAGGAAAGCUUGAGCCUGAGUGACAACGACUUGGACAAAUCUGAAAAAUCUUCAUCUCCAAAGAGGAUAGACUUCAUUCCUGUCUCUCCAGCACCUUCACCUACAAGGGGCAUAGGAAAGCAAUGUUUCUCCCCAUCUCUGCAAAUGUUUGUGAGUAGUAAUGGAUUGCCUCCAAGUCCCAUUCCCAGCCCCACAAGGAGAUUUUCAAACAGGAGAAGCCAGAGUCCGAUCAACUGCAUCAGGCCCAGUGUUCUUGGUCCCAUUAAACGGAAAGGUGAAAUGGAAACUGAAAGCCAGCCAAAGAGACUUUUCCAAGGAACCACUACCAUGCUCUCACCUGACGUGACACAUCUGACAGACCUCAGUUCAUGUUUGUCUUCAGAUAUUCUUGAUGGGAGCACAAGCAGUGUCAGCUCUUCCUCCGAUUCGUUGGCCAAAGGCAGCACUACUACAGAAUCUCCUGUUGCAUGCUCAAACUCUUGCUCCUCGUUCAUCUUAAUGGAUGAUCUUUCACCCAAGUGACUUACCCAGUCAUCACUUGAUGUCUGCCUGUGCUGUUCUCUUCCUGUACACAUGUACAGAGAAACCAGUGGGAUAAAAUCCUUGAGGACAUGAGGAUUUAAAUGCUAAGUGGAAAUAUUAGCAUAACCUUAUUCCUUGGCAACUUCUCCAAGAGGUUUUGAUUAUCCUUCUCAAUAGACACGUCAGGCCACAAUGAUGUCUGGUUUUGCUGAUUUUAUUUUAAAGUACAAAUUAUUUUACCAAUAUCUGCUCAGAUCAUACUAACUUUGCUUUCAAAGAAACUGCAUACACUUUUUUAAAAAAAAAAAAAUCCCAAACAAGCACCUAAUUUAUAUUAGUGUUAAUAAUUUAGAUGGAAAGCCUGUUGCUAUCAUGAUCGCUUAGUCUGAUGGUAAGAAUGGUGGUUACAGAGUUGUUAAAAAACAUUCAUUGUUUGAAAUGCUUUUUUUUUUUUUAAAGUAAUAAGAUUAUUCUAGAUCCUGCUGUAGGAAGAAUAAAGCAUUUUUGCUGGACAAUUAGGCAUAUUCUGGGCCUCUCCACACACACUUAAAAAAUAAUUGUUUCAAAUUAGGAUUUUUCCCCCCUAUUGCAGCCUCUCCUACGUCUUUCCCUAAAAAGGGGGAAAGGUUUCAAGUUGUCCCUUGUGCUUCUAGUUGAUCGCCAUAACAGUGCUGACAGUCCAAAAGGUUUGUGGGUUGUUUUUUUACUCUUGAAUGCUACUGUAGCUCCUUGUUGUUGGAAUAACUGAGCUUUCCAUGGCACAGUUAACUCACCGGCUGAGUUCUCUAAUCUAGACCACUUAAAGGUUGUGUGGGUUACAGCCAGUAGUCGCAAGAGUCUCUUUGGCUGAGGGAAUGCAAGAUGAAUGGUGUCAGUUAAUAGCCAGAAUUGUUUAGGUUACUAUGUAGAAUUUAUCAAGCAAUCAGUGUUUCCGUUUGGCACUGAGAAGUGUUUGUGCCUUAGGGGACAUCGUCACAAAAUGGAGGAAUGUAUCCCAGGGGGUUUAGGUGGGGAAAGGGUCUUCUUUUGUAAAGAGUGCUUGUAUCAGGUGCUAUUGCCACUACUGCUUUUCCUCCAUUGCUCCUUGAGGUGCUUCAUCUGUUGUCAGAGGGGAAUUCUGUGAGCAGUCUCGGCUGUCCUGUGAUUGCACCACAUUUCAGUGUGUCCCCAGAAGAGCCCGUUGGGUCUGCCUUAGAGAGGGCAGGCCAAUAAGCUAAUGCUAAUUUUCAGAAAGGCUUUACGGUGAGUUUGGAUGCUAGCUCUGCUUGUCGUUUGACUUAAGGAGUUCCCAUGCCAGCCAGCCUUCCCCAGCCUCCUACCCUCCAGAUGUUUUGGGCCACAGCUCCAGCCAGCCUGGCUGGGACUGAUGGGAGUUGUAGUCCAAAACAUCUGGAUGGCGCCAGUGUGAGGAAGGAGCUGAUGUAAGCUAUGAGAAGUAGCCUUGCUAUGAUAACCUAAUUCAGUUUGGAGUGCAGCAAAUGAUUUAUUACUUCUCAUAAGAGCUUACUGGGCUUAAAAAAAAUUUAAAAAUGAUCCAUUUGUAAUCUACUGUGUUAUGCUAUUUAUUUUUUAUAUCUGUAAAAAAUAGUCUGGUGAUGAAUUAUAGUAUUUUUUUAUGAUUGAAACCCUUUUUUAUGUUCUGUGAGUGCUGGCUGGUCUGUAUUUAUAGGCAAUGUUGUCUGCCAGAAAUGUCCGCUUCCAGUUCUGAAUGUUGUAAGUAAUUCACAUGCUCUUGUUGUCAAAGUACAACUUCUGGUUUUAUUUUUAUUUUGUGUGUGCGUGUGUGUGUGCAAGCAAGAUAAUAGCACUGAAUUUGAAGUGAGAUUGUGCUAAACGGUAAAGCACAUGAUCUCUGGCAAUACUUGUCUGGCUAAGAAAGGGAGGGUGAAGAACUACGGUGUACAUUCUAAAAGAGGACAUUUGGUUUCCUGUUUCUAGAAUUUUCCUUUUAAAAGUGUUUAUUUGGAGUUGUAAUAAGUACCCUUCUUGGGCCAGUUGUGCCUCUGUCACCUGUAUUACUAUUCUCCCUGUGGAAAGUUAGUUUCCCCACCUCCAAUAAAUGUGCAUAUUGUAAAAUA